UAUGUACGUCUUAUUCAUCCCAUCCUCCUCAUCAUACAUUUCAGUUCGUGAACCGGUUUGCAAAAAUAAGAUAACACACAACAGUUCAAUAUUCCGGUAUAUUUGAAUCUGUUGUUACGUUAAAUUUAUGGAGUGCUGGUUUUAUCCUGAUUUAAAUGAAAUCAGGUAAUUUGUUGCUUGAAUUGUACGAAAGUGUGCUGUUUUUUGGACGUUUAUUUGUAACUUUGAAUCAAUCAACUGCAAAAUGACUACUCAAGAUAUAUCGUCUCUUAUCGACUGGAAUAGUCCGACGGUGGAAUUUCACUGUAAACCGUUGAUUCCUCCGCCAAAUUUCGACGGCCAGCCUGUAAUCGAUGGAGAUAACCCCUUCGACGCUUUGGAAAAGCAGAUAGAUCAAAAUGAACCAUUCGACAUGAUACUGAACCAAUCGUUGAACUCAUCUUCUGAACAAAUAGACGCCGACCAAGUUAUGGAAACAAAUGACGGAAAACCAUCUCAUAAUGUGACUAAAAGUAACGAAAUGAAUUCAGUAACGAGUGUAAUCGAUAGCUUGAAUCGACUAAAUUUACAUUUGAACGAAUCCGUCUACGAAUCCGCGCCUGAAUCAGAAUUUCGGUAUUCCGGCGAUGUUUCUAAUAUGUUGGAUGUGUCACCUAUCGAAAGCGAAGGUUCUGAGGUGCAAUUAUUGCGCAAACGUUUAUCUACUAUUCUGGAUAAUUUUUCGAAACCGGCGGAAGAAAAUAAUUCGAAAGAGCCAUCUACGCAGUCAAGUUCCGGAAAUUCACUCUUUUCUACUAAAUGGUAUUCGAUAGAAAACGACGUUAAUGAAAUUAUCAAUGCAUCUGGUACAAUAAAUAAAGCAUUUAUCGGUCAGAGUGGUAUGAACGAUACGACUUUCGAUUCGUUAAUGUUGAAUUCUAAUCAGUUAUAUGAAGAUCUGAGCUGUGUCGUCAGUCCGGCGUGGGAUGAAUUAGCUUUGAUCUCUUCUAGUUCUGAUGAGGAAUCAGAAAAGUUACCUGUGAAAAGGAUCCCUUCUAAGAAUUCCAGUAUGUUAAGCAAUAAAACCAAUGGAGAAAAAGUAGUCAUUAAGAGGUCUUGUCCUAGGUUACCCCUCGGUUCGAAAGAUCCGAAUAUUCGUACAAAAAGAAUGACGAAAGUAGUCAAAGAAUCGGGACCGUUGAAAGCAGUUAUUCCAAUUGAAAGUAUGGCUAAAAACCUGACUCAAAAAUUAGUCGAAACACCGAAGCUUAAUCGUUUGUCUCGUAAAUUAAAAGCUGACUCUACCGCAUUGAAAACAAAACGAAGAUCAGUCCCAGUAGCAACAUCCACUCCGGUGGGUAUGCAGAGUCCUCAAACGAUAAAUAAAUCAAAAAUUGCUACGCAUUCUAAAUCAUCAACACCAACCACUAAAGCUUCGAGAUCUUGUCCUCCAUCUCCGGACUCCACAACUGCACGUCCUGUUUUUAAGUCAACUAGUUCAAAAGUAAAAAUUUGUUCGCGAAGACUAGCAUUAAAUGUUGUCAGCAGCAGUACCAGCACUAGUUUUAACUAUUUGUCAAGCAGCAAGAAAACAUCCAGAGAUGUAAAACACUCUUCGUUGAAUUUAUCUUCUAAUAGAUCCAUGGCCACUGGAGUAAAAUCGUGCGUCAAAAAUAAAGAAAAUCUCGUUCCAUUUAGAUUUUAAAAAUUCAUAUUUUUCCUUUACUUUUGAGUAAUUUGAAAUUAUGGUUAGUAUAGUUUUUUUCGUCGUAUUUCGAUAUACUCGUACUUAAGCGUUGAUAUUUUUUGUGUACUUUUUUAUUAUUUUAAAUAAUGGUUUUCAUUGUGAUAGAAUAUUGUAACAUGCAUCUUGAAUGUCGUGUAAUUUUUUUUUCUAACAAUCGUGUUAUCAUAAAUGUGUUUUAUAUCGUCUUAUUAGACUGUGAUUUUUAUAUUGUGUAAAAUUUUCUAUUAAUGUAAGCUAGAAACUAGAGUUCACGCGGAAUGAGAUUUAAAUCGAUUGUAAUUUAAAUUUUUUUUAAAAAAGAAAAAAUUGUGAGCUGAAAAAAAUUUAAUUUUGUUUUUACAAAAUAAACAAGUUUUAAAACUUA